UGGCCUGCACGGGGGCGGGCUCCCCGGGCCCCCAUUGGCUACAGGCACCCCCCACGCCAGGGCUCCCCCCAGCUCCCCUCCACAUCGGUCCGUCCUGCUUCCAGCUGCUGCAGCGCGCCUUCGUCGCCAAAGCAUCCAGAAGCCCCCUGCUCCGUCCGAGCAUGGCGACCCCGACACAGACCCCCACAAAGGCUCCUGAGGAACCUGACCCAUUUUACUAUGACUACAAUACGGUACAGACGGUGGGCAUGACUCUGGCCACCAUCUUGUUCCUGCUGGGUAUCCUCAUCAUCAUCAGUAAGUGCAACCCCUUCCUGGGCUGUCUCGGCCUCCACUUUCCCUGCCGGCUUCCAUCCAUAUCCUACACCCUAUGUCCUGUCCUCGUGUUCUGUCUCUCUCUCAACAGGCAAGAAGGUGAAGUGCAGGAAGGCGGACUCCAGCCCAACCUGCAAAUCCUGUAAGUCCGAGCUUCCUUCCUCAGCCCCUGGCGGCGGCGGCGUGUAAGACCUGCCCGAGGAACCUCCGCUGCCGACCCUGCCUGAGUGCGGGAGCCUGAGGACCGGGUGGAGGCGGUGGGGACCCAGCCGCGCGCCGGGAGCGCUCCCCGGAAUGAGCCGCCCCACCCACCCCAAGGCCGGAGCCGCUGCACCCCGCUGUCCCUCCCCAGGCCUUGGCAAUGACGAUCCCCCAAAGAGCCCAUCUGCACCCCAGACCCGGGGCCUCAGGCCUCCAGCUCCCGAGAUUCGGGAGUCCACUCCGCCCCAGCGUCCCCAGCAUCCCCGUGUACGGCCCCGCUGCACCUCCUUGUCUCCUCCCCGAAGAUCCGUCCCCCUGGCCCCUCGGUGUCCAUGUCUUGAGCUUAAUAAAUGUGCAUUUGGUUUUUU